UUUUAGCAUAAAACAAAGAGUAACUUCGAGCUAUUUUAUAACUAAAUAAUGCAUAUAUCAAGUCAAACAACUGGUGCAGAGUACAAAUAGUUUGUUAUUUUAAAUCAACACCAAAUCGAAUGUCGCUUUUCUAAAUGAUGUGCCUGAUAAGUAACUUCUAACAUAUUCAUAUUCAUAUAAAUUUGUAAUUAUGGUAUCUAUAUCAAUGACGUCACAAUUUAAUCCUUUAGUACAAAUUACAAUUAGUUGAAGACUACAAUCAAAGAUUACGUGGAAAUAGCUGAACAAUGAAAUCAUAUUGAUUACAGGAUGACAGGAGCUGAAGUGAAGCAGAGGAUAGUUAAGGAUAGCAAGGGAGAAAAGCAAAAUGGGAUUAAUGAAGAGAAGAAACAAAAGUACUGGGAACCAUUGACAGAUGGAGUAAAAUGGAUUGAGAAAUAUGGCGAAAAUCUGGAGAACUUCUUCGAACGAUUGCCAGAAUUCAUAUCCACGUUCAUAGCAACAUUAGCUAUAUUCACGUUCGGAGCCACGCUGAGAGGAGAAUGGGUGGUGAUCCUGGUAACAGCGCUAAAGCAGCUAACUGGUCAAACACAGAACACUACAAAUGCCACUGCCAUCUUGGAGCUGUUCUCCUCAAGAAACCUUAAGAUGGAGAACUUCUCCAUGUUCUUCAUUGGAGCUCACGCCGUGUCGUUGUCGACAUACUUCCUCAUUGGCGGUUUCUUACACUGGUACUUCUAUAUGAAUAGGAGACACCGUGCCAAGGAAUGGAAGAUCCAGCCUGACAAAUGGCUCUCUCCCGAGCUAGAACGUCACGAAAUCAUGGUUGGCACCAUAUCACUCCUCAUCGUUGGCAGUUUCUCUGCCUUCCUUGCCUGUUACAUCUACAACGGCAACCCUUCCACCGUCUACUUCCAGUUCGACGAGUACGGCUGGUUAUGGUUCUUUUUGCAGUUUCCAGUCAUCUUCUUGUAUGCUGACUACACUACCUAUAUUCUUCAUCGUUUGUACCACACUCCAUGGCUGUACAAGCACUUCCACAAGCUCCACCACAAGUACAAGCAGCCGACUGCAUUCUCUGUCACUGCCAUCCAUCCCUUCGAGAUUCUGCAUGUUCAGCUCACAAGCUGCCUGCCCUUAUUUACCAUCCCUGUACAUUGGUUGUCAUUCUACUCGGUGGCUAUCUACGUGUACUACCACGGUAUCAUCGAUCACUCUGGUAUCAACUUCAAGGCUCAGUGGUGGCAGCCGUGGCAACCUGACGCAGAGUUCCACGACCAACACCAUGAGUUCUUCCAUUGCAACUUCGGGUUCAACAUGUCUUUGUGGGAUAAGUUGCACGGGACCAUGAGGAAACAGAACCGUGCAUACACUGAAGAUACGUAUCACGGUGAAGCUCCAAGUAUUGACAGUCCGGAAGGUAAAGCCAUUUUGGCAGAAAAUCCUGACCUUAUAGAAAGCAAGGUCCUACAAGAGGAGAUCCCUGAAGUUAUUCAGAAUAUCAAAACAUCGAAGACUGAAGUUGAGACGAAUAAGACUAAGUAAGAUGUAGAUGUAGAAAGCACGUUCUUUUUUGAUAUUUAUCAUCCUGCAAGAUGUAAUCAUUCUCAGGAUUUAAAUUAUCUUUUACGCCAAAGUUCUGUCCUAACUGCCAACGUGGUUUUGAAUUCAGAAUGGUGAAUGAGGUGCACGAUUGGACCAUUGAUUAGAUACAAACCGUAUCUUAAAUAUGUUUAAGUAUUUUUUCUACAAGUAUGUAAUGCCUGGAGCAUUUAGAUACUAAUUCUUAUGAUUUUCAAUGUGGU